AUGCUCGAUUUAAACCCAUCACCGGAGCAAUUGUUGUCCAAAUAUGGAUUAAGCACACCCCGUCCGAAAGAACGUGGGGAUGUGCGCAACAUUGACCAAUCGUAUCCCGAAAACUUAUCUGGACUCUCCACUGAAGAGUCGUUUCAGCUUAUGGAGUCAAUAUUGAACGCGGACAAUGCUGAUGGAUAUGAAUGCGAGCCAACUAAAGGCCAUGAAUUGGAGGAUCCAUUGAAAGGACGCGGGUCUAAUAUUGUGGUUGACCUCAUGAAGAAAGGAAUAAUAUCGUCACAGGAUGAUCCUUUAGUAAAAGACUACUUGAUAAGUUCUCAAACAUUCAAACCGUACAAGUAUUUAACCACGAUUCACAAGGACACCCCGUUAAAAGUGUUGGAUGACUCAUUGCACUUUUUGGACAAAAGUAUUCAGUCGUACACCAAAGAUUUACAGGCCGCCCUUGAUUCGGAUAUCACGAACGCUCUAAACAUUAAAGCACAGAUGGAUGGGACAUUGCAAGGAUUUAAACAGCUGAAGACAAAACAGCAAGAGGAUAAAGAAACUUCCAAGUACUUCAAUCCUCAGCGACAUCGAUUGAAAACGUCUGAUGGUGCAGAUAAUGGUGACAUCUCUUCAGAACUUGAACUGUCAUUGAACAACUUGGCAACGACAAACACUUUGUUGAUAAAGCCGAUAAUUGAAAAUAAAGCCAAGGAAGACAGACUCAAUAUCAUGUUGGAAUUUAUAAAGUCAAACGCUUUCUUAUUUAAUAUACCACGAAAAUUGAUCAAUUCGCUUUCAGCGAACGAUAGUCACCAGUUUAUUGAUGACUAUACUAGAUAUGAUCGGGAGAAAAUGCAUGUGUUGAGGAGGAUUGACACUUCUUUUCAAGCAGAUGUGGAGAAGCUCCAGCAAUCAAAUGGUGACCACCAAGACGAAGCUGCACUUGCCAAUUUGAAGAAAAUUAGACUUCUGAAACUCACCAUUGUAGCAAAAUUGUUUCAAGAAAUAGAAGUGAUUGCCAGUCAAUUCAGGGAUAAAACUUAUCAGGAGUUGUCGUCAUUGGACCACGAAGCUAGUAGUAGCCAAAGUUCAAUUAGUGGAGCAGGCUCACGCAAUAAAGAUGAUCAAAAGUUUAUGUCAUUGGUGGAAAACUUGUCGAAGAUAGAGGGUGCUCGCGGCAAAGGCAGUCAAUCUGACCCAAUAGGUGUAUUCUUGAACAAGCAAAUUGACGUGUUGGUAACUGAUUUUGAAUACCAAGAAAAGAAAUUUGAUACAAAAUUUGUUUUGAUGCAGAAGAAACUAAUUGACUAUGUGGCAUCCUUAAGAGCAGAAAGGAGGCAGGGGUCACAUGUAGGUUAUAUUUCCGAAAAGUAUGAGAGCUAUAAAAAUGAAAUCAAGUUGGCCAAGAACAAGGAGGAGAAAAUGUUGGCUAUUGACGAGGCAUUUGAAGGCGGUGAUGCCCUUGAUAUCAGUUUAGUCAACGAGACAUGGUUGGUGUUGGUAAACUUUAUGAGUUAUAUGGAAACCAUAUUCAUUAAACUAGUUGGAAAAUUUUCCAACAACUAUGGCAGUUAUUACAAGUUGAAUGUGGACCCAAAGGGAUCCAUUAGAGACCGGUUCUUUCGGGCAAUAAACGAAGCUGUGGACCUUUUGGUGAGGUUGUUUCAUUCAGAGUCAAGUUCCAGUGACAAUAAAGAGGUUAAUAAUUUAGAGUCCUUGCCUUCAAACUACAGACAAUUUGUUCCUUGCUACUCCAACUCUUUGUCCUCAAUUCAUCUGUUGAGUAUAAUCCAGACAAAAGUGAACCGUAUCUUAACAAAGUUGGGUGUUGCAGUUACUACCAUUGGAAAUAUCAGCAGGUUUGAAGAUACAAACAAACAAUUGAAGUCGUUGAAAAGUGCCUCACUGCAUAUAAAUCAAAAAAUCUUGGAGGCUGUAUGCUCUACUUGGGUCAAUGACUGCUCUCAAUUUUAUGAUUUAGAAGAUUGGAAGAUUGAAGAUAGGUACAACACCAAGGAUGGCUCAUGUACUAAAUUGGUCAAUGUCAUUGAGUACUAUCAACUAUACAUGAUUUCCAAAGUUAGCAAAAUCAUACUCAGCAAAGAAAAAGAGAAUCAAGAUGAAGUAAACAUUGUGGCUUCAUAUCCAAGCAAGCGAGUCCUUGUGAGUAUUGAAAUACAGUUUAUGAGAACUUUGAAUAUCCUUGUGGACUCUUUGAUGAAAAAGUACACUAUAGACCGUCUAUCGCUAUCCAAAGGGAAAGGAUCAAGCAUAGAGAUUUUCAAGAUUCUAACUGUGAAUAACUUGGACAAGUUGUCAAGAACUACAUACCCUGUUUUGAUUUACCAGUUUGAUCAGCGCUUUGGUAAAGACUUGUCCAAGCAAAAGCUCAAGUUAUUUGCAGAUAUUGAUAAGGCUAGCUUGACUAUACUUGAUGACAUUUUGGCAAAUGAAAAAGAAGCGAUUGCUUCAGUAACGAGUGGAUUUUUUAGUCACAUAUCAGAAACUCAAAAUGAUGUGGCUCAGAAGGAACAUACCUUAUCAGUUGAUGCAUUUGUAUUUGAAGUUUUGAUGCAUUUUGUCAAACUUGUUCAUAAACUCAAACCAUUGACAAGUGUGGAUAUAUUUGUCACAAUUAUUAAUGAGUUGCAGUACAACUUUUUGAAAAGUAUUCAAGACGGAUUGAGAAGCGUCAACAUUCGCAACGCUGCAACGUUAUACAACUUGCAACUAGAUUGCAAUUUCUUGCAUAGCGUGUUUGAGAUGUCAAAGGGACUCAGGUUGAAUGAUUCAACGUUUAGCUUAUUGGAAAGCCUUUUGGACAACAUUGGAGCACAAAUUCGCGAAUGCGAUGCACCCCAUUACAGCGAACAAUACGGCGACGCCACGUUCAAAGAGACAUUAAAAACCAGUUUGAAGUCAUCCAAAGCACAAUUUGAAUGUUUUUAG